GUAAAUUGUUAAUAUGGAGGUUGUCGACGCGGCAGAUUAGUUUCUGUUUGUCGUUCUGAACUUAUCCUGACAGAUUUACACCGCAAUUAUUGAUCUGAUGUUCAAUGGAGUUCACAGAAGUGGUUGGCUGGAUGGCCUUCACCACCUCUGUAAUUGUCCAGUUAGUGGGAAUUGAGGUGUGUAUGAGAAUUAUCAAGAAAGGAUCGACAGGAGACAUAUCACCGAUACCGUUCCUCACUUACUUCAUUGUAGCCUGCCUGUGGGCCAAGUAUGGCAUCAUUCAAAACAUCACGCAAGUUCUUGUCGUCAACUCAUUCGCCUCGCUUCUCCAGUUCUUCUAUCUUGUCAUUUUCUACACGUUUACUGUUCGAAAGUCCCAGUUUGUGAAGUUAUUUUUUGUGAGUAGCGUGAUCCUGUUCCUGCCGCUUAUUUAUGUUAAGUAUUACCAGGAGGACGAGGCGCUGGCCACCGCUCACUUUGGGUCCUUCUGCGUCCUCAUGUCGAUCAUAGCUUACGCGGCUCCGCUCGCCUCACUGAAGGAUGUUGUGAGAUCAAGAAGUACGGAGUGUAUGUCUUUCCCUUUGGUGUUCGCUAACUUUGUCGUAGCCAUAGAAUGGUUUGUAUACGGCAUUACAAUCAAGGAUGUAAAUGUACAGUGUUCCAAUUGCCUUGGUGCAGUUUUAUGUUUUAUACAACUAGGACUUUUUAUCAAGUAUCCUUCCAAACCAAAACAGAUGCCGACCAACAUUUUGUGAUCCAGGCUGUUUUGUAGAAACGAAAUGUCUUCUGCAAGCUCAACACUUGGCACCAGGUCAGCAGGUACAGAAUCUGAGUUGUCUCCCUUCCAGGGAUGCACAGUACAAAAAAUUGUGCAAAUACGUGCCAUAUUGGAAAUUCUACUUGCUUCAUUUUUUAAUUAAAUACAUCGAAAUGGGAAUUACUGAGUUAUACAUGAAAAAAAUCAUGUGCUUAAUCCUUGUAUGCGUUUAAUUGCCCAAACCCAAAAAUAGCUUCUGGAGGGCGUGGUGUGAGCGGAUUUUACAACUCUGGCCUAUACAGGAUUGAAGUCCAAAGCUGAGUUAUGUUAUCCUUGUUAUAUAAAUUUUGAUGAGGUUAUUGUUGAAAUUCCAACAUGUUUUCGAUUUAUUUUGACUGAUCUCAUUAUAGAAGUUUAGAAAUUAAAACAAUCUCGUUAAACUGUGCCGGAAGUAAAACAAAAAAUGCUAUUGUGAUAUAUGUUUAGAAGUCAUAUUACAAAAUUAAGUUUCCUAGAAACAUCUAUAUUUUAUAUUAACCAACAUGUACAGAAUUACACGAUUCUAUUGUUUUAUUUUAUUUUAUUUGGUCAUGAUUCUGUUUGCCAUGGUGAGGUUACUUGGUGCAGAACUGUUUAUAUUUGGUUGCUAUAGUAAUGAUAUCUGGUGCAGAAUUGAGUUGGUCUCUAUGUCGUUUACUGUGAUAACUUGUUGUUGUUUACAUGAUCCUGUUGUUUUAAUCUGAGCCCAAGAGUCACAAUUGCCUUCAAAUUGACGAUGUCCUUGAUUCUGAAUGACGGAAAAUAGUAUAAUAAAAAACAAAAACCUCAAAUCGUAAGAGCCUUCGAGAUGUGAAUGAAGACAGUUGUGAAAUAGUGGCUAUAAUCGGGGGCAUGCGGUAUGAUAUAUACAACGUGCUGUAAAAAUUGAAAUUGUCAGGGUGUGGAAAUGCUCACAUUUUUUACGCAUCAAGCAAUUAUGGCGUGAAUGUACCUUUUUAAUCGCACUCAAAUUUUAAAGCAUUGUCAUUUUUUUUCACAAAUUAGCGUAUUCAUGCAUUCGCACCAACAAAAAUAUUCAAAAGAAGAUAAUAUGUAGGAACUUCAAUUGAUGUUAAUUAGGGCUAUAUUUUAAACGGCGAAAGGUGCUAAAAUAUGACUAUACCGCUAAAAUACCGCAUGUGGGCAUUAACGCAACAUAAUUCUUUAUGUGAAUAUUUAUGUUGAGAUAAGGUAGAAUACAUAGUGUUGAGAACCAUUACCAACCUGAAAUUUCUACACCGUUAAUUAGUUUUAACUCAUUCACCCCUGAAAUUUGACAAUGAACUAUUCCAACCUUUGAAUUGGAAGAGUUCAGAUGUGUCUUCAUGGGUCACUGAGUUAAAGAGCCACAUCGCGAACAUUACCACACACAAGUAUUUCUACUGUUUACUGUACAUUAUGUAGUUAAUGGGUUUUUUCUGCUUCUUCCGCUAUAUUUAGGAAUUAACGCUCUCUUGUAUACCAAAGAUAUGACCAAACUGUAUUCCCUAUUUCUUGCAGACAAAAAUCUUAUCUAUUUCACCUCAAUCUUUUGCUAACUAGUUUCUUAUUCUAUGAUAGCAAUAUCACAGUUGAAAUGUUGUCACUUUUUUAAUUGAAGUCGGCUCAUCAUAUAUAUAUAUAUAUAUAAAGCAGGGUUUGACACCAACACUAGUCCUGUAGGGUUAGAGAAUCACCUAGCCAGCUGGUCCUUUGGACUAGUAAAACAUAUAUUUUCACACAAUACCAUUUGAUAGAUAGAUCAUAUAAAAUAAGAAUGUUUGAUUCCUUUUAUUUCGAAAACUGCGUAAAUUACAGAUCUAUUGUGUGAUAAUGGUCAACAUUUUCAGAAAACUUCACCACAUCUUGAUGAAGGAAAUCUUUGACUUGUUAGGUACCUUGAUACCUAGCAAAUAAUCUAUUCAACUACUAGUCCUGUGGGCUACCAAACAAAUAUAAUUAGUGUCUUACCCUGUUAACUCAUCACCCCUACAUAUCUAAACUGGACUUGCCCAGUCUUUGAUUUGGUAAGGUUCAAAUGUGACUCUAGGGGUGAAUUUGUAUAUUAAGGCAGGGAACAGAUUUUUUUUCUAGCAGGGCUUUUUUCAUUACUUUUGGAAUGGGGCUUGUUUUGCUUUGGAAUCAGGAACAAAUUGUUUUGCAGUCAUUAAUUAAUUUUGAGAAGUUUGAUUUAUUAUACCGAAAAUUGAUUAUAUUUUAUAAACUGUUACUUGAAAUCUGAAGCAAACUCGUCAUUUACAGUUUUGAUGAUGAUGGCUGUUUGUUGUAUUGCCAUCUAAAUACAAGCAGAAAUUUAAAAGAAAAAAAUAGUUAUGGGAAAUUUUGGAGAGAGUUGUGAAAAAAACAUCGCUAUUUUUCAUUAAAAUGGGGCCAGAAUUCAUCCCAAAAAAUGGUCCAAAAUAAAACUUGCACAGAUUCAUACACAAGUGCAUAAUUAUGAUACAUCUGUACAUAUAAUAACUUUUUGUUACAGUGCUAUUCUUGUACAAAACUUCAUCGUUAAGUUACAUUUAAGUAUGUUUAUGAUCAAACACAUUUACAGUAAACCUACCAGGUCUCCAUAUUUUGGAGGAGACUAUCUUCAUCUUAGAUGAAAUCUAAGAGAAAUUUGAAGAUGUACAGCAGAAUUCCUUACACCAUUAUUUUUGCCGAAACUCAUUUCAUUUAUUGCGUAGAACCUGAGUUUAAACUAAAGCAUUUCGCACUGUUAAAUUGUCAUAUAAGAUUCAUUGCAAUAAUCUAUGUUUCCAAUCAGAUUUUUUAGACAGUUGCCUCCCCUUGGAAAAACAUUGGAAAGGUUGGCAAGCUAUGUGAUCAGUACCAAUGCAGAUAAAACAAUCCCUAAAAUCUCAAAUUCAAGCAUUACAUGAAUUUGUUGGGUAAGACAAUAUAGAGAAAUUAUUUUCAUAUCUAAUAUUUGAAAUUCAGCAGAAUUGAAAAGGUUUGAGUGUUGGCAGGGCUAAUAUUAGAAAUACCACAUAUAGUUUACAGGUUUUGUGAAAAGAAGACUAUCAGUUUGGCUAAUAUGAGAAUUUGUACAAUACUGCUUAUUUGGAAACAAUUUAAAGGAAAUUUUGUUGCCUAUUCCUGCCAUAUUAAGGAAGAUAAUUAAUAUUUUUAAUCUUUAAAUGACAAGAUUUUUAGCUCACCUGGCACGAAGUGCUGUGGCGCGG